AUGCCGCCCGCGCAGUCAGCAGCCAAACUAGAGCGAGAGAAGAAGCUGAAGGCAGUCCUCACAUUCGCCUCGACGCUCAGCAAACGUAUAGAAGCCGGCAACCACGCGACGAUCAUUGGUGAGCUUCAGGCCCAGAUUCUCGGAUUGCCACUCAAAACCUCGACUGCCGUUACCGCGAGGCAGGAAGAACUCGACAGGCUGGGAACCGAGCUUUGGAACCAAGCUACGCGCUUGCGACGCGACAUAUCCGUCAUCAACAACCAGUCGAGGGACUCAGCGGCAGACAAGACCAAUGUGGUACCUUUCCUUUGUGCGUACGCAUUCCUGCUCCUCGACUCAGCUGGCGUUCGCGGACCGAACAACGUACGCCAGCGCAAGAGCUGCAUCCGUCUCAUGAAGGUUGCACUGAAAGCUGCAAGAGUGUGCAUCGAGGCGAGUGAGUUGAGCAUCGCGACAGACCUGCUCAAGCUCGCUGCUGAGUACGAAGAUGUUAUGAGCAAGGGAACCGAGGACAAACCUGAGAAGGACAACGACAUCGCGGAUGGCCUGCGCGCGCAGUAUUUCGCUGUGCGAAUGACUUUGUCGUGGCGUCAAGAUCAAAUGGGUAUGGCAGAGCAUAUGUUCGAGAAGUGCAAGCAGGUCUGGAAAAGCUUUACUUCUACCAUCACUGAGCAGCUUGCCGAUCUGCUGUACGAGAUCGGGAAGGCUAUGUUGGCGAAGCGCGACUAUGAGGUUGCUACGAGAUGGCUAGAGCGCGCCUUCGAUGUUCUUGGCGAGCAGGAUCUGGACAUGCUUAGUCCAGAGAUUGGUGAGCUGAGACUCAGUAUCAUGCAAAGUCUUGUCAAGGCGUACAUGAAGACUAAGACGUCUAUUGCCAAAGAGAAGGCAUGGCAGAUGGUGAAGUUGAUGGAGACUGACUUUGGCGACAAGAUGAUCGUCUCAUUGCUGAAGAUCGAACUGCUGUCCGAAGCCGAGACCAUGGACACCAUCAUGCACUACAUACACAAGCUCAAAGACCACAGCAACGUGACCGCCUGCAAAGUACUGGACGAUCUGAUCGAUAUCCGCCUCUUCCGAGAGGAAAACCAGUCCUGGGUCGAGAAGGCAGUCAUCACACGUAUCUGGGUUGGAAUCAGCAACAGUCUUUCCGACAACUCGCUCGAGCAACUCAAUGACCUCUUCGAUACCGUAGCGCAGAACUCCAAAGUUUCGCUCUCUGCCCCUGCCACACAUGCUGCGCAAACCCUCUUGUGGAAGAAGGUGGAGGCUGCGUCCAGCCAGGAACAACACAACAUCGCUGAGGCUUGGUGUCGAGCAUGCCUUCAUGACAUCUUCGAGAAGGCUGGCGUUCAGAACAAAAUCAAGAUUGCGAGAAAGAUCAUACAGUGCGCCUUGUCACGUCAAGAUUACGAAGCUGCCCGGGAAGUGCACGCCAAGAUGCCUGAGAGUGGUAAAGACGACCCGAUAACUCGCUACCUCAUGUACAAAACAGGUCUACGAGGCGGCGAUGAGAUCUUCGCCGCUGAAUGUCUCGAUUGCGUCUGUCGGAGUUCCGCAAAGGACGCUACCCUACUUUACGCUUGCGUCAUGGAGGCUCAGAGUGCGGGGAGCAAAAGACAGGCUAUCAAUGCUCUCGAGAAAGUUCUGGAGAAGUACGAGCAUAGCGCACCGGCGGGGAUACAUCUCCCUGCGCUUUUACGGUCUACCGCACGUAUGUUGGAGUCCGAGCUUACUAAAGACGGUAACAUUGAUGCCGGUAUAUUGGAACAGAUCUGCAACGUCUUUGAGGGAGCCAAAGCAUCUCGUAUCAGGCCGAGCACGCCGGCCAAGGAACUUUUCACAGCCGUGGAGUUUGAGUGGUUUUCUAAGAACGCUUACAACAUGUCGUUGAAGUACUGCGCGGAGAUGCCACCAGGACAUCUGGUCAGGUUGCUCGGUUGCUGCACUGAGUUCAUCAAGCUUCUCAAGGAGAAGACCGAACCAAACCCAGACGGUGAUCUUUGCCUCCGGCUGGUGUUCUGCGAGUUUCUCACUGCUUGUACCUACACCACCCUGGCACGCGCAGAGGAUAACACCAAGCAAAGUAUUGGUUACUACCUCGAAGCCCAUAAGCAUAGCCAAGAGUUCCGACGCACCGCAGCCGAGAGCAUCAGCAAACUUGGUGGAACCUCCCAAGACGACAUCAUGUCCAAAUACUUCCAAAUUGUCAAAUUGGAGCUAGAAGCUGUCCUCAAGCUUGAGAGAUGGGAUGAGCUUGACAAUCUUUUCGAUCAGUGUUGGAAGUACAAGAACCCGGAUCAUUACGAGACUUUGGCGGACCUCGUUCUGGUCGUGCAUGGCUGCAUCGUGAAGGCAGGACUAGAAGACAAAUAUCAGAAGAAAGUACUAUCUGUUCUGCAGAAAAUCAUCAACCUGACGUGCCGCCAACCCUCAGGCCGCGACAUCACGAAGCUGGCACGCUGGCUUAGAUGCAUGUUCAGCCUUUCACUUGAGUACGACGAGGACGUCAGUAUCAAGUGCAUUCAGCAAGUGACUUAUCUCGCAGCGAAGCAGAAAAAUACCCUCCAUCCCACCAUCGCGACAGCCGGAUUGGACACACCACCGCCAUCAUCUGAUUUCACGACAAACGACGAUGCUGCAGACCUGGCUGACGAGUGCAUUAAGGAGAUCGACUGCUAUCCCAAAACCGAGCUCGAAUGGCUCGCAAGCACCGCUUUCAAUCGCGCCGUGGAUUUUUACCUGUCAGAAGACGAUGUUAAGACGAAGAAAUGGGCAGACCAGGCGUUCAUCGUCGCACAAUGGAUUGACGAUAAUGGUGCGAUGCGAGAUUUCCUGAUGGACAGGUUCGCGAACCUGAAGUUUGGCGAUGGCGAGGAGUCGGCGGCGGCGGUGCAGCGAGCGGGCUGA